AUGCUCCCCCGCACCAUUGCCCGCACCGCCAGACCUAUCGUUGCCCCCACAGCCGCCUGUCCCUUCUGCGAGAUCCGCGCCCUCUUCGGCAGCCCAAUCCGCCGCAAUGCACCAUCGAGACGUUACGCCGCCCCUCGCGGGAAGCCUUCCUCUCCUCGGAAGUCGCAAUUCACCAAAAGCAGAGAGUGGCGGCAAAGGGGACGCAUACUCACCGAAGAAGACAAGGCCAAACAAGCCGAGGCAGAGGCUGCCCUUGAGGCCGCCUAUCAUCGGGGCCGCUUCCCCGAGCCUCGCCGUCUGGCAGAGGCGAACAGCGCCGGCUUCUUGAGGACGUCACCAAAGGAUGCUCACUGGGCGCUGGCGAAGUUUGAGUCCUUUGGGAUCGAUCCGGCAACACGGAAUGUUAGGAUGCUUGGAGAGUCGCUGGGCGAGGCCCUGGGACAGACGGAAGAAGCUGGGCUGAGGGACUUGACUGCGCUGGGACGGAUCUGUCUCAGAAGUCUGAACCCCGUGCAGCGGUUGCUGGGAAAGAGGCUGUUGAUAGCGCUCUCUAAUGCUGGGGAGGCUUCCGCAACCGUUUCUCUGCUUGGCACUGCGCUCCAGCAAGACAGAGCCCUUGGACCAACAACCGCUCAGGAGGCUCUCCGCCUACCCGAGAUGAGGAAGGUCCAGGAACAACUGAACACGAUCGUCAAGCAAGGCGACAACCCUCAAGCAAUGAUUCUCAAGGCCGAGAUCUUAUACUCCGAAGGCGACAUACCUAAAGCCAAAGCGAUGUUCGAAGCCGCCAUCAGCUAUCUCAACAAACAAAAAGAUGCAGAGCAAGCCCGUAUGGCACAAGAGGAAGACGAAGACGUCGGGACAGACGCCGAAGCAGUACCCAACGACGACAUCGACCGUCCUCUCAACGCCGCCUGGCUCGGGCUGGGCCGUUUGCUCCUCCAUCAGGGCGACGUAGACGGCGCAAAAGCAGCGUUCGAGGAAGGCGCCUUCAAGCACAACGAUGCCGAGGCGUAUCAUGUCCUUUCCGGACUGGAGCCCCUGUAUUCCUCCAAGUGGGUCGAAUACAAUACCAAGGCCGCGGCGGCCGGCAACGCUCUUUCAGCCAAGUACCUCGGCGACUUCUAUACUCUGUCACCAGCCGCGGUGGCGAAGCUCGAGGAUGCGGACGUCAAGCAGGAGCUCGCUAGACAGUUCCAGACAUCCAAUCUCGAGCGGUGGACCCGGCCAUUCCUCCCCUCCUUACUCGUCCGGCUGCUCCAGCAGGUGAAAAUCUUCUAUCCCCCCACCGCCGCCCGCAUCGACUAUGGUCUCUCCUGGCUCGCCAUCGCCGCAACCUCACCUCCCACGCCGAACGGUCUAUCAAAACUCGUGCCGGCCUCAAUCACAAUCGCCAAGACCUACAUCCGCCACGCCGACACCUUCGCCGCCGCCGCCGCCGCCGACAGGUCCCCAAUCUCCGAACCGGGCAAGCGCUCCAGAAAGCCGAUCUCCGGUGGUAACAGCGCCUCAGACUCCGCCGAGACCAACGUCUCCCUCGCAUUCAUAAACCCCCUGAACCUGCUCGCGACCGUCAAAGGCCCCGCCGUCGGCGCGUACGACCGCACCUCAUCGCUCCUCUGCGCCUACCAAUGGCUCAACUCGCUCUCCCUCCUGCGGGGCAACCCCCACUACGAGCGCACCUACCCCGACAUCGCCACCGAAGUCGCAACAUUACACGCAGCCGUAGCAGCGGAGCUGAAAGCGGCAGGCCUCUCAGACGAGCACCUGGCGAGUUCUUCCCGCUUCCAGAAUUUCCGCGCCCUAUGCCAGUGGAACUUAUUGUGGGCCGAGUGGCAGAAGUACCAUGCGGAGAGGGGGACGCCCGAGCGGGUCGGCACGAAGGAGGAGUUUCAGCGCGCGGCGGACAUCGCGGCUUUGUUGGCUGCCGUGUUCAGCCUCACGCUGUUUUGGACGCUGAUGUGGCCGGAGCACUUCAAGGCUCGGUUCCGGACGAGGAAGCAGAAGAAGGAGGAGGAGGAGGAGAAGAAGAGGGAGGAAGAGGAGAAGAAGAAGAGGGAGGGGCCUGAUGGUGGGGAGGUGGAUCGAGACCGGGUUUGGCGGCCCACGCUGGCACAUGGUUUUGUAAAGGAGAGGUGGGGAUGGAGCUAG